AUGUACAAAUUGCGUGUCAAAGUAGGCCAUUCAUAUGAUCCAUUGACUCAUAUUCACGUUGUGCCAAACGACGACCAACACCCAGUGUUUAUCGAUACACCACAUUUCACCGGUCGUGUUUGUGUUCGUGUGCGUAACUUCAAUGGAUUUGUGCCGGAGGGUAGAGAAUGUAUCACAUAUAGUCGAUACUUUGAUGGGAAUUCAGAUCAAUAUUCGAUACAGGUGCAAGGAAGAUUUAAAGGUGGUCCUUGGACCGGAGAUGACAUUGUGUUUGGGAAUGACUUUGAUAAAAAAGUAGAAUUACCACCACUUUCUUGGCUUGGACUAAAAGUACUACAAAUCAUUGAUCCUGCACUAGAAGCAGACAUUUAUGGCGACAAACCAUGGGCAUACUCGCCACUCCUAGUCACAAUGAACACGAUUCGUUGUUCGGAAGUUCCAAUCGAACUUGAUAAAGAUGAUCCAUCUGCUCGUGUGCUACCCAGUUGGCCAUCAGGUGACGGGACACACGUGACCGAGGGUAAACUUGGAUCUUACGAUCUGGCUAAACGACGGAAAUAUUUCUCAAAAAAGAAGAUACGGGCCAAUUUUCAAAUUAAAGAGAGUCAAGUCUGGGAUAUUGAUUUCUUUAAUUCGUAUGCGGAUUUCAAUAACUUUGCUGUGAAAUUGCCGGGGUUUAGUGUUAGUCUCGCGCCAUUCUGGAAAAAACAACCUCUGCCUUUUAGAUACGUUUGCAAGUCACGUGAUUCUUCAGCAGUGUUCUUUGUGGUGUUAUUCGAAGUGACUUAUAUUGAGGAUGAGAAUAAUGAUGAAUCAAGAAAGAACCAAGAUUUUCAAAUGGAAGAUGUCGAAAUUAGUGACACCUUGGGCCAAGAACGCGAUAAAACACAAUCUCCAAAAUCACCAACAACAAACACAAAUAUAUUCCAAAUGAGUACUCGAAGAUUAAGUUCCUCAUUUCGCUCUAUACCUCAGUCUACAGCUGAUAAUACUGCUCAAAGUAGUAGAAAAAUUUUAUCACCACCACCAAAGGAAUCAAAGGAAUCCUCGACCUCAGAAACCAAAAAACCUUCAAGGUUUUCUAGGCAAUCAUUGUCUUCCUAUUUUACCCGUUCACAUUCUAAAGAAUAA